CUUCUGAACAAAUUUCAGUCGAGUUUCAGCAGCCGAGUGCGACGGAUGAUAAAACGUAGAAACGGAAACGGAAAACGGGCCAAUAAUUGAAUAUAACUAUGCUAAUACCCAUUUAGUGUGGCGAAAAUCGUUCAAGUGGGGCUACAUACAUAUGUAUGUGUUGAAGUGGAUAUGUAGCACGAGUGUUUUAGUGAAGUAUCAUUCAUACCUAGGUGAGCAUUCAUGCGGAUGCUUUCAAAUUGUGAGUGUGUGCAAGCAUGUAACGGAAAUGCUUACGGCGCCAUUUUAAUAUCUCCUGGUGCAUCAGUUGAAUUUGAAAAGUGAAAAUUUAAAAGUGCCUGAUACGAGUAUCGUGAGUGAAAUUGGAAACUCUACCAGCAUAAUUAUUUGAUUUCUGUAAACAAUCGACUGCUGCUAUAUACACUUGUAAAUAGCGCAUUGUUGCUAUUUACUGUGCAUACUAUUAUAUAUAACUGUAUACAUGUAAAGAGCAAUGCCUUUCUAUGAGAGUCAACUAUCAAUAAAUAACGGCAAUUAAGCGAAUAUUGACGCAAGCAACAUUUAAAAUUGCUGCAAUGAAAGAUUGAACAGCGACCAAGAUGGCUGAUUAUGAAAAAUAAUACAAAAUUGUUAUUCGUAGUAAAACAAAUAUUGUAAAAAGAUAAUUGCGGCAACUUUAAUUCAAUUUGCUCAAACAAAUAUAAGCGAAAAGUAAAUAGUCAAAAUUUGUAAAUUCGGUUUCGGGAAAAAGACAUUAAUUAUUCGUAUUCGGAAGGGUGUGUAAGAUGUUAAACAUGCCGCGAAAACCGGUGAACACAAAUGAAGCCAAAAGUAGAUUACCAUUGCGAAUAAGUGCAUUUAAUGGCGGAAGCGGAUAUGGCCGUGGGAGCCUGUUGAGCUGCUCCCACUAUACCCUGCUGCUGGCGACCGCAAUUUUAGUCUUAAUCAGUGCCCAUGCCAAGAGCGCACUACUAUAUGACAAUAAUGAUAACAAUAGCAACGAUAAUAACAACAACAACAAUACUAACAGCAAUUUCAACAAUAUUUUUUCAACAAAGGAUGCCACCGAGCUGCCGCCACAGAAGGCUGUCCAACCAUUGUCGCCAUCUCCACCAUUUUCGCCAUUGUCUGGGAAUGUGGAUGGUAUAGAAAGACCGUUACAAUUGAGGGAAAAUGUUAUAAUUCCUGUGGACACCGUGCUCGGAGUGCAAUUUAUGGAAGAACAUCCGCACAACGCGAACAUACAGAAUCAUAAACAACGAGAGGAACAGCACAAGCAUUCCAUUCAGGAGGAGCGAAAUGGGGCGGAACAACUGUUGCAGAUAGAAUCGCAAUCACCGCACCAUCAGCACCACAGCCGCACUCAUCGCCAACAUUAUCGUGAGCACCCCCACCUCACGAUUCAGCAAAAACGUGGAGGGUUCGAGGCACAAUCACCGUCACAGUUACCAGAGGAUAUUCUGUACGAACCGGAAGUUGCUCACAUACACCAUUAUGCGCACAACAUGCUAAACAAUCAUCAUUAUCAAAGCAAAUAUACUAUUGAGGAAUUAAUGAACAUGAAAAUACAAAAUCGACUCUCUGAUGAUAUCGACAUGGACCCGUGCAAAGCCGGUGGGUUCAUGGGUGAUAUCGCCUUACCCGACAUUAAUUAUGAUGGUGACCCUAUUGUUGCACAUACUUUUGUUAUUCCAUUGAAAAAAAGACUUGAUAAUGGUGGCGGCAAUGAAAGUUCAGCCAAACAAGAUAAAUAUGAAGACGAUGACGCUGACGCCGGACAAUGGCAAUCAGAUUCUGCCACAAACAAACCAAUCACCCCCAUUAAAUUCAACGCAUCUUUUCAGCAAGAAUUGGAAAUUCUAAAGCAGGAAGUGUAUCACGAAGGAUUGCAAGUGGAAGAGGAGGGCCUAACUCAUAUAAUCCGAAAGAAAACCAAACUGCCGAGCACGCGAUUUGACUUCAAGGACAGUAAAAACGAGCUUAGUAGCAAUGAUCCGGCUUUGUCGGCCAAUGAACCGGUAAAACCCAGAAGCUUUUCUUCGAAUACAAAUUAUUUGAUGAAGAACUUGAAAAAUGAAGUUAUCACCAACAGCAAGGAUAAUAGUAAUGGAAACGGCAACCAUUAUAAACAUAACCCCGCUUAUCAACCGGUGGAUGGAUCUGUUUUUAAUGAGAAGCCAGGAAGUAGUGACAAAUCAACAGAUACCGACACGAACAAAACACAUCCACUAUCUGUAAGCCAGCAACAAAAAUUGCGUCAACGGGCUCUCAGCAGCGGGAAUGGAGGAACCGGUGGAUUAUAUACGCAACCCGGGAAGGCAACAACUUUCGACGCUAAUGGUAAAGUAGAGUCAAUUGCGCUUCAUCGAAGUGGCGAGUAUUUCGGACCAUCAGUAAGUAACGAGAGAUCGAUCGAUGCAGAAAAACUGCGCAAAAGUUUAUUUGGAAUUAGUAAUCGUAAUGUUGAUCAACGCAAAAUACAGUCGAAUACAAAAGAUAUUGAUGUGGAUGCGGGUAAUAAUUUUGUCGCUGAACGUCGUAUGGUUAUACUGCCGACGUCGUUGCCUACGCAGCGUUCGACAUUGCCAAAUGUUUAUAGUAAUGCUGGAGGUAAUGGCAUGAAACUGGACGAUGUAGAUUUUUUGCAUCCCGAAGGCCCCGUGCGACGACGACAUAGACGUGGACGCAAGCAUCGACGAAGUUCAGACUUUCGGCACACUGACUUCAACAUAAAGCUCCAACGCCUAAAGGAGGAACUCAAUCGUCCAGUUCAUACCGCUCACGAAUAUCAAACACAAGUGCACCGUGAGAUGCACUCAAUUACCAAACUCCACACACAAAAUAACAAAAAAGUUGCUAAAAUUAAAGCCGAAAACACAGAUGAUGCCAAUGCUCGGCUACUGGAACUGGAGUACGAACGACAUAACCAACAGCUGAUGACAGAAUGGCAACAACAACAUAACCAGACCAAAAAUUUCAAUUAUUCUUCACAUCAAGGCGAUGGAACGGGAGGUAUGGCUAGAAGCGUUGUCGAAGUAAACGCAAAUACGGCUGGGAAAAGUGACAACAAAGUGAAAGCAUCAUUAGAAAUGGAACUGCAAAAUGCUGAAAAUUCAAGGCUAUCAAGAAGUCGCAAUCGCAUAGUACGUGCUGUGACAGCCAAGAAGGAGCGCAUCUGGGAUUAUGGUGUCAUUCCGUAUGAGAUCGAUGGUAACUUUAGUGGCCUCCACAAGGCUCUCUUCAAACAGGCAAUGAGACAUUGGGAAAACUCCACUUGCAUCAAAUUCAUCGAACGUGAUCCGGAAAUACAUCCCAAUUAUAUUGUAUUCACGGUGCGCAGUUGUGGGUGCUGUUCAUUUGUUGGUAAACGCGGCAAUGGAGCACAAGCUAUAUCAAUCGGUCGCAAUUGCGACAAAUUCGGCAUUGUAGUGCACGAACUGGGCCAUGUCGUUGGCUUUUGGCACGAGCACACACGGCCUGAUCGCGAAAAGCACGUCGUCAUUGAGCACAACAACAUUAUGAAGGGGCAAGACUAUAACUUUAACAAACUGACCCCGGAGGAAGUUGACUCGUUGGGGCUACCGUACGACUAUGAUUCCAUUAUGCAUUAUGCGCGGAAUACGUUCUCCAAAGGUACAUAUCUGGAUACGAUACUUCCUAUUGAAGUAAAGGGUAAGAAGCGUCCCGAAAUCGGUCAACGUUUACGCUUAAGUGCCGGUGAUAUUGCACAAGCAAAUUUGCUAUACAAGUGUCCCAAGUGUGGUCGAACAUUUCAAGAAAAUACCGGUAUAUUCGCUAGUCCAUCGUACUACACAGCUGGCGCAUUAACGAACGAGACUGAGAUCUGUGAAUGGCGUAUCACAGCUACACAUGGCGAACGUGUAGUAUUGAAAUUGGAGAAUAUGAAUAUUUUUAAAUCAAACAAUUGUCAAACUGAUUACUUGGAAGUACGUGAUGGCUAUUACAUAAAAUCCCCUCUGAUUAAACGCUUCUGUGGUAAAGUAAAUGGGGAGAUUCUAAAAACGGAGUCGAGUCGCAUGCUCCUGACAUAUGUUAAUACGCAUCGGAUGGAAGGCUAUCGCGGUUUUAAGGCUGAAUUCGAUGUAAUAUGUGGUGGUGAAAUGUCUGUUGACGAUUCCGAGGGACGCCUAGAAUCGCCCAAUUACCCAUUGGAUUACCUGCCAAGCAAAGAAUGUGUGUGGAAAAUCACCGUUCCGAGAGGUUAUCAAGUGGCACUCAAAUUCCAAUCGUUCGAAGUAGAGAAUCAUGACAGUUGCGUGUACGAUUACGUCGAGGUGCGAGACGGUGCAACGGAGGACUCGCAGCUGAUUGGAGUCUUUUGCGGCUACAAACCUCCACCAAACAUGAAAUCAAGCGGCAAUGCUAUGUACGUGAAGUUCCUAUCAGAUUCAUCCGUACAAAAAGCCGGCUUCUCAGCUAUUUUCAUGAAGGAGGUGGACGAAUGCGAGACUCAGAAUCAUGGCUGCGAACAUGACUGUAUUAAUACCCUAGGUGGCUACGAGUGUAGCUGUCAUAUUGGCUAUGAGCUACAUAGCGAUAAGAAACAUUGUGAAGAUGCAUGCGGUGGUGUGAUCGAGUAUCCGAAUGGCACAAUCAGUUCACCAUCGUUCCCAGACACAUACCCGGUGUUGAAGGAAUGCAUUUGGGAAAUAAUAGCUCCACCAAAACACAAGAUAUCAUUGAACUUCACACAUUUCGAUCUCGAGGGCAAUACUCAACAGCAAACUGAUUGUGGAUAUGACUCGGUGACCGUGUAUUCAAAAUUGAGCGAGAAUCGAUUGAAGCGCAUAGGUACGUAUUGUGGCACCGCCAUCCCACCCACCGCCACAUCCGAGGGCAAUGCGCUGCGUAUUGAAUUCCAUUCGGAUAAGACUAUACAAGGCACCGGAUUCGCUGCGGUGUUUUUCACUGAUAUCGACGAAUGUUCUACCAACAAUGGCGGCUGUCAGCAUGAAUGCCGCAAUACUAUCGGCUCGUAUAUGUGCUUCUGCCACAAUGGUUAUUCGCUGCAUGAGAAUGGACACGACUGCAAGGAGGGUGAGUGCAAGCACGAAAUAUCCGCUCCUUUUGGCACCAUUUAUAGUCCGAAUUUCCCGGAUCUCUACCCGCCGAAUGCUGAUUGCGUAUGGCACUUUUCAACGACGCCAGGCCAUCGCAUCAAGUUAAUAUUCAAUGAAUUUAAUGUGGAAUCGCAUCAGGAAUGCGCGUACGACAAUGUCGCAGUGUACGAUGGUGAAUCAGAGAGCAGUUCUCUGUUGGGCCACUUUUGUGGCGACAAAAUACCUUAUCCAAUCUCGUCUACAACAAAUCAGCUGUAUAUGGUAUUCAAAACGGAUAAAAAUAAACAAAUGGCUGGAUUUACGGCAAUACACUCAACAUCUUGUGGCGGUUAUUUGCGUGCCACAAAUCAAAUACAGCAAUUCUACUCGCAUGCUCUCUUCGGCAACCGCAAUUACAACGAAAAUAUGGAUUGCGAGUGGACGAUUCAAGCACCGGCCAGCAGCAAUGUACAGUUACUAUUCCUUACAUUCGAUAUUGAGGCUAGCGAAAACUGCACUUACGAUUAUGUGCAGGUGUAUUCGGGUAUGGAGGACACCAGUGGCCCUAUGUACGGACAAUAUUGUGGCAAUACGCUUCCACAAGACAUUAUUUCACUGACGGAUUCGUUAUUGGUACGCUUUAAAACGGAUGACACAGUCACAAUGAAGGGCUUCUCCGCCUCCUAUGUAGCCGUUGAUCCAUUCGAAAAUAGUGAAGAGGAUUUCAAUUCGUACAGCGCAGAACGUGCCACUCCUUUCCCGGGAUCAUUGAAGAGUAUUUACGAAGAUUCGGAUGAAUAUGGUGACUUCAGCGAGAAUCAGUUAAUUGCACGCCCCAGGGGUCGAUAUUAUAAUAAUUUCUAAAACGCGGCCGUUCUGGCCAGUCGGUGGCAUCCUCCCAUAUUCUAUGUAACCCCUUGAGUUUGGCCAAAAGAGAUCAGGAGUAUACUGAAGAAUAAGAGAAAUAAAUUGAAACUGGGUAGGAUAAAAGGUAGACGCAAUAAAACUAUUAUGUGGAAACAUGCAUAAUUGAAAAUAAUGACAAUAGCGAAAAAUACUCGUAUCAAAUAAAAUGUAGACUUUUCAUCUUCUAAAGCAUAUCACAGGCAAAUCUCAUCAUCAAGUAAAAAAUAGUACGAAUAAAGGAGCCAAAAAUAAUAAUAUUUUUAGACUUUAUUAGGCAAAAAUAAACAUUAGAGUGUGCAAUUUUCUUAUUUAAAUUUAAAUCAAAAAUUUAGAAUUAGUGAAACUGAUAAUACAUAUGUAUGUAUAUUAUAUUAAAAACAUUAAACAAUCUAAAUUGGGGAUUUUCAAAAGAAAAUUUCAAUUGUCUUGAACACGUUUGAAAUAUUUCAAAAUUAUAAGUGAAUUUAAAAGUUGGGAAUUGUAGACGGAUGUAAUUACGUUGCAAAGACUUGCAUCGUAACUUUACUUUAAGUAUAAACAUAUUUUUAAUAAGUAUUUAGAGCGCCCGAAUAUAUAGAAUGUAUUUAUGAAACAAGUAUAUUUUAGAAAUAUAAAGUAUAUCUACAAAUUGUCGGCAACUUUUACAAAAAUACAUGGUAUUGUCAUAUAAACGAGUUAUGUAGGAUUAUCUAAGAUAAUUGCAUUUAUAAAUAGCGUACAAUCGAUCCUAAAUUAUAUAUAUAUUUUCCUUGUUCUUUGUAGAUGUUAUCGAUAUAUUAUAUAACCAAUCAUAUCUACUUUAUAUCGUUCAUGUAAUGAAAUAUAAUAUUUAUACAAACAAAUACAAUAAUAUCGAAAUAUUAUGUAUACAUACAUACAUAUACAUAUAUGUAGGCAUAAAACCUCUUCUAAAAACUUAUUUGUGUUAAAUAGAAUAAAUUGCAAUCAAAUUGGUUGCCAAAUAAAUUCAUAGAAACCAGAACGAAACGA